AUUGUGGUUAUAUGGGAUACUUGCAUGAGCAGGACAGCCUGCUUGUUCAUAAAUCCACAUUUGCCCAUUUACAUUGUUUUGCUUGAAUUGCUCUGUACAAUAUUUUUUCCUAAAUCAAGGAGCCUUUACACUACCGCAAACAAACAAAUAAACUCGCACUUUUUCGUGUUUGACAGUUUGCCAAACUCCCGCAAACAAGGCAAAACAACCCAGGCAAGGCAAAAUGUAUGCAGGUUGACGUUUGUACAAACAAAUCCAGGCAAACAAACAAAGCAGACAAACUGGCAAACUGUCAAAAAAUACGAGUUUGUUUGUUUGUUUGCCGUAGUGUAAUAGCUACUUCACCAAUUCCUCUUUAUGGGCCGGUACGCACCUCCAAAGAAAUGGGUCGCUUCCGCUGAGGCCAACUUAAUUUUUUUUCUUGACAGUUUUUUUUAAUGUGCACUCUACAUAAACAUAAACCGACAAGAUAAACCAAAACUAUACUCCCCAAACCCCUGAUGAUUUAUCUCGAUUCACGAUAGUUGACAACAGUUACCAUGCGCAGCAUCGUGCACGUCACGUUUCUAACAAAACAUGAGUCAUACACAAGUAGAGCCUCGGACGGGCCCUGAUUUAAAAAAUGACUGAAUAUCCUGUUUUACCACCAGAGGUUAUUUCACUGAUCCUGGAAUUCCUCCCGUUCAGAGAACGGCUAGCUACCGCUGCUGUAUGCAAACAGUGGUACGAUUUGGUUUACGGAACCAAGUUUUGCCGUCAGCGGCUGGUUUUACGCGUGGAACCCGGCAAUAAUCUGGUGCAACUUCAGCAGAACAACAGCUUACUGCUCCAGCGAUGUCGCGCGAUGCAACUGCAGCUCAGCGGAAUAGACGACGAGGGUAUCGUUUUGCUCAAGGACUUACUGAUGGCGAAAGCUGCGAUGUUGCGAUUGUCGGUUGUUGGGAGUACUCGGGAGUUGAAAUCAAUCUUGGAAGAUACGCUUCCUGGUUUGGACCAGUUGAUCGGGUUGGAAAUUGAAUUAUUGGCGGAGCCAAGCUCGGAGCUGGAAGAAGUGACUUCAGGUGAACUCGGGGAGGUUCCUUCAGAAAAUGAAGAAGACCGUGUCCUAAACAUGAUAAGCGAUUGUGGCGGAGCUUCUACUUUCAUAACAACAUUGAACCUAACCAAUAGUAGCAUGAAGUAUCUUGCACUAAAAGAUACAAAUUGUGAUCAUACUUAUAUCGAUGGAAACUUUCCGUCAUUGACAAAUGUUUCAAUGCGUAAUAGUGUUCUUUGUUCGGCGUCCGAUGAUGCAUUCGAUUUGGAAGAAUUGAGCUUAUCACAUUUUGAUGGUAGCACGGAGAGCGACGACGAACCAGUUUCCGACGAAAUGGCUAACUUGAAAAAACUUUACCUCGCAAACACUAGCAUCGAUUCAAGAACAUUAAGAUUUUUGGCACUGAACGAGCUACGUUUGGUCGAAACAAAAACAGUUUUCGCAUCGUUACGAGAUUCGAUAUCUGCGAUGAAGCAGCUUCUAAAGUUGGAACUGGUUGAUGUUACGUUUCAAGAAGACACGCUGCCAAACACAAGAUUUACCUCGGACAGUAUUACCAAAUUUAAAUUUUACUGUGCAAAAGAUUACACAGUUAAAGUGGACUUUCAGAACUUGGAAUGCCUUUCCUACAUUUCCACCUCACAAGUUGCACCCGAAAUAUUCGAACAGAUUUGGAUCAACCACGGGAAACUUCAACGAUUGUCGUUCGGUGUCUGCGAAGGACAACUUGGCACAUUCCUCACGAAGUCAUCCCUCGCCCACAUGAACAACCUUCCCACGCUUAAAAUCCUCCAACUCGUUCGGAUGUCUCUGGACAACGUAGACUGGUCCCAGUGCCGCCACCGUAACCAACUUCAAAAGAUCAGACUCGUCUGCUGCCCAAUCGAUGGCCGUGGAGCCCUACAACUUGCCGCGACUUUCCCCGAACUGCGUGAACUGUUUCUGGACCAUUGCCAUCUGCGACAGCCGACCGCAGCGUUCGAAAUUGCGGAAAACUUUUCGGAACAGCAAGCCCUGAGGCGUCGGUUGGAACGUUGUCGAGUUUCGUACUACGAUUGUCACGUGGAAGAUCCGCUUGGUUCCUGUUGAAAUGAGUAUACUUGAAGCAAUGUACACUGAUCAAUUCUCUACAAAAUCGGUAAUUUUUCUUUAAUUUUAAUUUUUGUAUUUUUUAAUCCGCUUGAAACCUUAUAGAUGCCUUUGGUAUGCCCAAAGAAGCCAUUUUGCAUCAUUAGUUUGUCCAUAUAAUUUUCCAUACAAAUUUGGCAGCUGUCCAUACAAAACUGAUAUAUGAAAAUUCAAAAAUCUGUAUCUCUUGAAGGAAUUUUUUGAUCGAUUUGGUGUCUUCGGCAAAGUUGUAGGUAUGGGUACGGACUACACUGGAAAAAAUGAUACAGGGUAAAACAAUUUUGGGGGAUUUUUUAUUUAACUUUUUGUCACUAAAUGUUUAAGGGAACAUCAAAUGAUUUUUUUUAAAUUUCCAAAAUGGCAAAAAAAUCUUUAACCGAGUUAUACAUUUUUUAAGCAAUACUGAUUUUUUUUUGCAUUUUUUCAAAAAAUCGAAAAAUUGGUCGCAAAAUUUGUCAACUUCAUUUUUCGAUGUAAAAUCUAAUUUGAAAAAAUAAAUAAAUCAAUACUAACAUUUUAAAAGGGCCGAACAUUCAAUAUUACGCCUUUUUGAAAUGUUAGUCUUGAUUUAAUUUUUUUGAAAAUAUUGCUUUCGAAAAAAUCGGAAAAAUUUGACGAAUGUUUCAUAUUUUAAUCUAACCAUUAGUUGCUGAGAUAUCGAUAGUAGAAAAUGGUAGGUUGUUUGGGUGAGACUUGGAAAACAUCAAUUUUCCCAUUUUUUAAUCUUUGCACGGCAAUAUCUCAGCAACUAAAGUUCGUUUCAACAAAGUUCGAAAAAGCAAAAUAUAGAAAAUUUUCUCAGCUUUAAAUUAUUUUUUCAAAAGUGGGCAAACAUGGGCACUAAUCUAAAAAAUUAAUAAAUGCGACUAUUUUCAAAAAAGUUACCUAAAAAUGGCUUUAACUUGAAAACGGUGCACUUUAUGAAAAUUUCACUUAAGUACUUUUUUAUUGCAAAUUUGAUUUUACAUCCAAAAAUGAAGUAGAAAAAUGUUUGCGACCGAUAUUUCGAUUUUUGAAAAAAUAAGUAUUGAUUCACAAAUUCAUAACUCGGUCAAUGAUUUUUGGCCCGUUCUGGAAAUUUCUAAAAAGUUGUCAUUUAAAGCACAUUAGAAAAAAAAGAAAAAGUUUUUUUUUUGCAGAUCAAAUUUUGGUGACAAAAAGGGGAAAAAAAUCACAAAAAAAAAUUUACCGUGUAUCAUUUUUUUAGUGUAGACCUUAUCUAUACCUACGUUUUGCCGAAGACACCAACUCGAUCAAAAAAUUCUUUCAAAAGAUACAGAUUUUUUAAUUUCCAUAUAUCAUUUUUGUAUGGACUGGACAGCUGCAUUACAUGGACAAACAAAUGAUGCAAAAUGGCUUCUUUGGGCAUAUUAAAGGCACCAAAAAAGUUUCAGCCGGAUAAAAAUACAAAAAAAAAUCGAAUGACCUCAGAGAAUUGCUCCACUACUUAUUGUGUUGAAUAUAUUCUAGAUAAAUAUGACAAAAAGAUGUACUUUUGAACCUCUCAAGGAGCUUUUUUUGAUUACAUAAUGAUAAAUGAUAUGGUUUUAAGCAAAAUAGUUUUUAAGGAAAUUGAAAACGCAAAUUUUGACCACCCUGUUCUAGCUACGAUCACCCUAAUUGCCAAACAAACAAAGAACGGGUACCAUUACUUUUGCCAAGGAACUUACAAGCAUGGGCGUCCAUGCCGGGAAAUCCCGGCCAAAAUUUCCAGGACUUUUUUCAAAGCCAUCGAACAAUGUUUUGAAAUCAAGAAAAAUAAAAUAACUGAUAGUUUUAUUUAAAAA